AUGAAAAUCGGUCAAUUCAGUACACUAGCUUUCAUCCCAAUUGCGCUAUUACACCUGCUCAUUGUCCAAGCUCAACUUCUUACAGAUCCAAAUGCUCAGAACCUAAAUACUGCCCUAGGGCAAAAAGUGCAAUACACAUUUCUUGACGCUGGAAGUUCCAACGAUCAAGUACUUCAUCUUCCAAGCACAACUUCCUCCAGUAUCAUUACUAAUUCAUUUGCUGCUGCUGCUAAUUUAACCGGAUUUUCUUCAUCGUCGUCUCUACCAAAAGUGACGUCGACUGUCACAUCGUCAUCUAUAGACUACCAAUCCCUAAAUUCAACUGUAGUAACCCAAUUUACGUCACUCCCCUCAUCAGCGGCAAACCAAACAACAAGCUCUCAUAAAACUAAUACUAUAGGUUCAAGCACAAGUACGGGUGGUGCAGGUUCGAUCAAGCCAUGUUUUUACUUUGUUUUAAUGUUGGAAACGAUCACAUAUCUGAUUGCUUGA